AUGGCCGCUCUGGCAUCCGCCGGGAACGUCGUCGUGGAGGCCGGGGCGCUGAAGGACGCGCAGUGCCCGAAGCUGCGCUUCCGCGAGCCGGUCGCCCGCGCUAUCUUCUUCUUCGGGAACGCGCCCGAGUCGGCCAGCGCCGACGGCGAGCCGCCUGCCGAGGUGACGCAGCCGGGCCCUUCCGCUGCCCACGUCCAUCCUGGGAGUGCCGCCGAGACUCCAGAGGCGGACCUGGGCGCGCGGUCCCCGGCGCCACCUCGGCCCGAUGCGGGCCCGGACAUCUGCGCGAUCACGGGGUGCCGGAUUCGGUUCCCGAGCCUGACGAACGACAGGUGCCCGCGCGAGAUCAGGGCCAUGGUCGCGCGCCUGCGCUGUCAUCGCGGACGCGCCGGUCGCGAGGAUCUACGACGCUUCUGCGCCUGGCAGGGCGCCACGCCGGCCGUCUACCUCGCGAUCCACUUCUUGAAGUGCGACGCCUGCGACAGGACGCGCCCGCCGAGUAGGCCCGAGCCUAUCUCGGCCACGAUCCGGUGCCCUGGCCAGUUUGGGGAGCACCUCCAGGCCGACUUCCUUGCGAUCGUCGACGUCGCAGGCACCGCCCACCGCAUGCUCGGCGUAAUCUGCCUCGACGCACACCUGCGCCGCGUGACGCGCGUGGCCGACCGCCUGCCGGAGGCCGCCGUCGCCGCCUUCCUCGAGAUUAUUGGGGGACGCCCGCUGGCCGAUCGGGGCCAUCAAGCGCUACAACGCCACAUGGAGAUGGAUCUGAUCUGGGACCGCACCUGUGACUGCUGCGCGGCCCAGACGCCCGGGGAGGUCGACGUGGCGACGGUCGCUGUCAGCGACGCGAAGAACAGCGCCGUUCGCCGUGCCGCGCGAUCCGCCAACCAGUGUGCCCUCGGCCGGACUCCCCGUAUUCCUGGAGAACUGCCGUCAUGCGACCGCGGCCUCGCUGUAGCCGCCAACGCCGCCAACGCGCAGCACCUGGUGAACGGCGACUACUGCCGCCUGGAGGCCGACAUCCACACCACCCACUUCAACUACGAGCAGCAGGUCGGGUGUUGGCGCAAUGAUGCGAAGAAGCGUCCGGGCGGGAAGUCCGCUCGGCCAGGUUUUGUCAUCGGAGCGUUCCUCCAGUGGGACGGCGGCGAACAAGGGCACGGCGUCGGCCGCAACGCCUGGGUCCGGGCGGGCCAGACCAUCGAGCUAUUCAGCAGAGAGCAGUUGCGCCCCGCCAUCGGUUUCGCGCAGUGGGUCCCCGAUCCCGAGGACAUCGAGGCACUUGAAAGCAGCUGCGACCUCAUGCGGGGCGGCCUCUGGGAGGGCGAGCGGGGCGCUGGGCCUCAGGGGGGGGGCCUGCGCGAGGAGCCG